GGACAGAUCCAGUUGUGGCAGUUCCUGCUGGAGUUGUUGUCGGACUGCGGUAACUCGAGUUGCAUCACGUGGGAAGGCACGAAUGGCGAAUUCAAGAUGAUCGAUCCCGACGAGGUGGCCCGCAGGUGGGGCGAGAGGAAGUCUAAACCGAACAUGAACUACGACAAGAUGAGUCGGGCCCUGAGAUACUACUACGACAAGAACAUAAUGACGAAGGUCCACGGCAAGAGGUACGCUUACAAAUUCGACUUCGCAGGACUGGCACAGACGAUGCAGCCGGCCACAGUUGACCCCGUCAUCAACGCC